CUUUGAUCGAACACAUUCUUGUGAGAAGACCCUCGUCAUGCCGUUCGCGCAACUUGUGAUAGGCCCUCCGGGCGCAGGGAAAUCAACCUAUUGUAAUGGCAUGCACCAGUUCCUUGGAGCUAUCGGCCGCAAAUGCUCCAUCGUUAACCUGGACCCCGCAAAUGAUAAAACGUCGUAUCCGUGCGCGCUGGACGUUCGCGACCUUGUGACGCUGGAGGAGAUCAUGAGCGAAGAUCAGCUAGGACCGAAUGGUGGUAUCUUGUACGCGCUGGAAGAGCUGGAGGAGAAUUUCGACUUCCUUGAGGAGGGGCUGAAGGAGUUCGGAGAUGAAUAUGUCCUAUUCGACUGUCCAGGUCAAGUGGAGCUCUUUACCCAUCACUCCUCCCUACGGAAUAUAUUCUUCAAGAUCCAGAAAUUGGGCUACAGAUUAAUUGUAAUCCAUCUCAUUGAUUCCUAUAACCUCACGCUUCCCUCGAUGUACAUCUCCGCCCUUCUCCUCUCCCUUCGCGCCAUGCUCCAAAUGGAUCUGCCUCACUUGAACGUCCUCACCAAGAUUGAUAAUCUAUCAAACUACGCCCCGCUGCCUUUCAACCUCGACUACUACACAGAGGUGCAAGACCUUAACUAUCUUCUACCGCAUCUGGAAGCCGAGUCUUCACGACUAUCACAUGAGAAGUUCGGACCACUCAACAACGCCAUUAUCGAUCUAGUGGAAGAGUUCGGCUUGGUGGGCUUUGAAACGUUAGCUGUGGAGGACAAAAAGAGCAUGAUGAACCUACUACGCGUAAUCGAUCGCGCCAGCGGUUACGUCUUCGGGCCCGCUGAGGGUGCCAACGACAGCAUUUGGCAGGUUGCCGUUCGAGAAGGCCUAGGGACAAUGGACGUUCGGGAUAUACAGGAACGCUGGCUCGAUGCCAAGGAAACCUAUGAUGAACACGAGUUGAAGCAGUUGGAGGAAGAGGCUAAAGCCAAUGAACAAGCAGCGGGAGAUGCAGGGAAGAACUUCGACGACGAUGACGACGAAUACGACGAUCUGGGCAGAGGCCCGAUACCAGAUGGCGGCGUGAAGGUUAUACGAAAGUCAUGACAUGAAUCUAUCCCAGCAUCUAUUCACACUGUAUAAUAGGGUAUCUCUAAUGAAAUGAUUAGCAAGACAAAAC